AUGGAUGAAUACACUAAGGUUCCCUUCUAGUAACAGUAUUGAAGGGCUGCGAAAUCGACUGUAUUUCAGAUUAUGAGGAAAGUGAUGGCUUCGUAUGAGUUCCCCAAUUUUGUCAUCAUAAGCCGUCUCAUUCAGUUUCUGUGUACAGUUUUGCAGGUGAAUACCGAAUUCCUCUUUAACAAUUCUUUCACCCUCACGAUGCAUUUUGUCAGGUCUUAUUCAUCUAUAUGGAAUCAGGCUCACUCUCUUUUUACACGUUCUUGACAUAUUCGGCUAUUGUUGGAAUGAAUGCAGUGCAUCUUUUUCGCCGCUGGUGGAUGAUUCACCAUCUUUUUCACUUUUCGUUAUUUAAGGUACUACUACAUCGACGGAAGGUACGAUGUGCGGCAACUGUUGCGCGAGCACGAGACGACUCCGCGCUUACAGUACAGUAUAGGUUGGUCAUUAUUUUCAUUUUUCAUGACUCAUGCGUGUGAUAUUUGGGAUGUCAACAAUUUAAUUAGUAUAGUGGCUCUCAGAUUCAGCGAAAAUUUCGUCAUGUGGCGUCAAAAGAAAUAGGAAAGGUGUUGAACUAAUGCAAAACUUGUCACGUGAUUUAUUGAUCUUCAGAAAAAUAGAGAUACGAAAAAUACGCAAAGAAACAUAAUGACGCCAAAUUUGAUGGUUCAGUCAAAUCUGACGUUUUAUGAUUCUUUUUACUCGAAAGUUACUUUGUUAGAAUGUUCGACUCGCUUUUUACUUUUUUUCGUAAAAGUUAUCAUCGCGUUUUUAAAUGUCCAAAACAAGUAUGAAAACAUUCAAUAAGUUUUUAAAUGGUUCUAAUGGUUCAAAUCGAAAUAUUAUUUCCGAAUUUUUAAUUUAAUGAGUAAUGAACGGCUGAGCGUUCAUCCACUUUUUUCAUGUAAUUUAUCAUUAGGAAUUUUUCAAAGUUGGUAAAGUUGAAACAAAAGAUUUUUUUCAAAAAAAAAUGUUUGUUUUUUAGUAAACCUAUUCAAUUAUGGAAAAAAUUCAAUAAAAAAACGUUUCAGCGUUGUUCUCGCCGUUGGUCUUGGGACUGACGACUUGGUUCGUCGUAGAGUUGAGCACACCCUUCUUCGACUUCUGUCUCCACGUGGCCACCAUGUUGCAGCUUAUUCUUAGCUUCGUUCAGCUCUGCUUGGAAUUUUAUGAAGUUCUGCGGAAGGCCGCCUGA